UUAAGGACUUCAGUCUAGUGCUGCGAGUCGACAAGUGUGCGGUCUGUGAUAGUAAGUUCUUCUUGGGGCCCUCGUUGAUUGAGGGCACAAUAAGAAGGAAGUUCAUAACAUAUUGGACAGUGCAGCUGUUAGGUUGAGCGCAGUGAGCAAUUGUAGUGAAAUCAACGUCGUAUGAUCUUACGCGAGACAGAAACGCUCCGAACUGCCCGUCCAACAUGCCCGAAAUGGUUGCGUUCUACAGUCCAGAGACGGUUAUUCCGACCACCUCCGAUACUGAACCACGGAAACCGUUGAAGAGAAGAACCAGUGCGCUAAAUACGAUAUUUUACUAUCUCGGCUUAGAGCAGCGAUCCGGCGAGGAUGCCAAAGAAAACCAGUGGAUUCGAAUACUUACAUUUGUCGUUUUGUUUGUUACAUUUAUAACAAGUGCUAUUGGAUUCUUCAUUAUGUGGUUCACUAACAUGUACAACAAUUCUCUACUAGAGAAACUAAUACUUAGUGAAAACUCGACUGCAGCAGAAUGGUGGGAAAACCCGCCUGUAUAUCCUCUACUUAAGGUGCACGUAUUUAACUACACCAACACUGAAGAUUUUUUUGCUGGCAAAGCAACCAAGCUACAAGUAGAAGACCUCGGACCAUACGUUUACAAAGAAACGGCAAACAAAGUCGAUAUAACUCAUAAUGGAGAUGGAACUAUCUCGUAUCGGGAACAUCGCUACAUUCAGUACCUGCCGGAAGAAUCGAAAGGAAAACCAUUUGAUCAAGUAGUGGUUCCGAACGUGGUGUUCCUUACCGGUGUUUCCAAAAAACGUUCAGAAGGAACGUGGAACCAAAUCGCGUUUAAUAUGGCCGCUAGCUCUUCCGGUUCAUCGGCGUUCAUCAAGAAACCGGUAGAAUCCAUGCUCUGGGGAUACGAAGACAAAUUGCUGAGUCUGGCCAAGUCAAUGUUUGGUUCCGAUAUUGUGUCGAGUUCCUUCGGCAUGCUCAUGACGCGCAAUGGAACUAGUGCCGAGAAUUUCACAAUCUUCUCCGGAGAAUCUAGCUUAGAAGAUUUGGCCGUCAUCAAACAUCUCGAUGGCAAGUCGCGGCUAGAUUUGUGGCACACCGACGAAUGUGAUCGUGUUGGUGGAACCGACGGUUCACAAUUUCCGCCCCAUCUGAUGGAUCGCAAGCACCCGCUACAGGUGUUUAUCAAAUCACUAUGCCGAAAAUUCCCGCUUGUCUACGAUAGUGAGGUAACGGCACUGGAUGGCAUACCGGCGUGGCGAUACAAAAUCCCCAACAAUGUGUUUUCGCAUCCGGACGAGCACAUGCCAAACCACUGCUUCUGCCACCUGGAGUCCGGAUCAUGCCCUCCUAGUGGACUGUUCAACAUAACCGGCUGCUCGAUGGGGGCACCUAUAUUCGCCUCGUUUCCGCAUUUCUACACCGGCGAUCGAAAGUUGAUUGAGUCGAUCGAAGGUGUGAACCCUGUACAGGAAAAACAUGAAACCUACGCUGACAUCCAUCCCCGGCUGGCUUUUCCGAUUGACGGAGCGUCUCGAUUUCAGAUAAACAUUCAAGUGCAGAAGGCAGCCAUGGUGUCAGGACUUGAAAAAUUCACCGAAGGUCAAUAUUUACCGGUAAUCUGGCUGGAAGUCGUACCAGGAGUGAUAUCCGACGAUCUGCGUGCUAUGAUAUAUCACAGCACGUACAGUGCCAACGCCAUCCAGAUGUCGCUACGUGUCGGUUCACUAGCAUUCUUCGUUCUAUCAGUCGUCCUGCUGAUUGCCAAAUGCUUCUACAGUACAAGAAGCACGAGUAAAAAGUAACCGCAACUCAAUUGCUGAAAACGCACUCGAGCCGAAACGCAAACACUAGUAUCGUAAAAACAAAACGGAUUUCGCAAGGAAAUUCCUUUCGAACUAGCCACAUGAAUACUCAUAAAAUUGGCUGGGCGUUACGAGGAAGUUCCGAGGGCGUCGAUGCUGCUCUUCCAUACCGACCUACCCUCCUGUAAUAGUGUAGGAUAGCUAGCAACAGUACGUUAAGUGUUCGAAAUAUCGAUAGCAGGUUGUCUGAUACGCAGCUACAAGCGCCUCGUUAGACGUUUGCUUUAUUUUCUUAAGAUGAGGGAUGGUUCUCAAAGCACCCCUCCUAGCUUGCUAUUUUCCCGCGCUAGUGCGCAUCUAAAUGUGCCAGUUAGUACGAAAUAAGUUAGAAUAUGCAUUACGUAGUGUGCCUGUUUUUUUUGUUACCUUGUAAAUUAGCUUAACCCCUUCCCUGCGUCUUAGCCGAUACCUAAAUGCAGUACGAUCAUUCUCCCGCCGGUUCUAGUCGGCGUACGGCGUAUUUUUCUACUGAUCACCGAUAUGCAUGCGCGGGAAAAAUCGUUUUAGAACGUGCUUCGAUGCGCUGCAUUGCUUUUCACUGCAGUGUAGCUGCCGUUUGUAGCCGAUUGUCGAGCUAUUAGCGAACCAGAAUGCUUCAGUGUUGCGUACUACAAAGCCCCGUUCAUUUCACCGCUGAGAACCGUUUGGCGGUGGUCUGAUAAUAGGUAACGAUAAUGGCAGCGCCGUUUGCCGUAAGUGACGUACUUCAAUCAAAGCAAUAAAACAAAUUCGUUGCAGUUGUGUGGAUAUAAA